AUGAAGCCCUCCUCCAUUCUCUACACCAAGAUCAACGCUCCUCCCCUCAAGGUUAUCUCAAGCCGCGGUCACUACCUCCUCACCGAAGAUGGCCGGGAGAUCUUCGACGCAACAGGCGGCGCAGCCGUCGCCGCCCUGGGCCAUAACCACCCCGUCAUCAAGCAAGCGAUCACGCAGCAACUGGACGAAGUCGCAUACUGCUACUCCCCAUUCUUCACCACGCCCGCUGCAGAGCGCAUCGCACGCCUUCUGACCGAGUCAACCGACGACGAGAUGACGAAGACCUUCAUCGUGAGCUCCGGCACCGAAGCCAUCGAGGCAUCGCUCAAACUAGCCCGACAGUACCACGUCGAGCGGGGAGAGCCCCAGCGCAACAGGUUCAUUGCACGCAGACAGUCGUACCACGGGAACACCUUGGGUGCUCUGGCAACGGGGUAUCACAAGGCCCGGAGAGCGGUGUACGAGGAUAUCCUCGCCAAGAAUGUCUCGCAUGUUUCUCCCUGCUACCCAUACCGUGGUAAGAAGCCCGGCGAGAGUGACGAGGGCUAUGUGCAGCGACUGGCGGAUGAGCUCGACAGCGAAUUUCGGGCGGUCGGACCGGAUACAGUCUGCGCGUUCAUCGCGGAGACGAUCGCUGGAGCGUCACUGGCUUGCGCGACCCCUGUGCCGGGCUACUUUCAAGCUAUGAAGGCAGUAUGCGACCGCUACGGUGCGCUUUUGAUCAUGGACGAGGUCAUGUCAGGCAUGGGCCGCUCGGGAACUCUGCAUGCGUGGGAGCAGGAGGGUGUCGUGCCUGAUCUUCAGACCGUUGCAAAGGGUCUGGGAGCUGGAUAUGUGCCUAUCGGGGCAUUGUUGGUUGGGAAGAAAGUGGUCAACACGCUGGCCCAGGGCACCGGCGGGUUUGUGCACAGCCAGACAUAUCAAGGGCAUCCGGUGGCAUGUGCUGCCGCUUAUGCCGUGCAAAGAUUGGUUCAGGAGCAGGAUUUGCUGAGCAAUGUCAAGGUCCAAGGGGAUUACUUGGGGCGACUGCUGAAAGAGCGCAUCGAGGGCCAUCCGAACGUAGGGGAUAUCCGUGGUCGAGGACUGUUCUGGGGUAUCGAGUUCGUCAAGGACAAGGAGACGAGGGCACCCUUCCCUGUGGGUGAUCAGAUCGCGCAGACAGUCCAUAUAACGGGAUUGCAGCCCGGGCAUGGCAUCUCCUUAUUGCCCAGCAGCGGGAAUGUCGAUGGCACUCAGGGUGAUGUCGUGUUGAUUGCCCCUGCGUACAACAUUACCGGUGGGGAGGUGGAGAUCCUGGUGGACAGGGUUGAGAAGGUCAUCGAGUCGGUAUUCGAGACGGCUGGAGCAUCCUAG